CGUCAGAUACUCAAAUGUCAAUAGCUUCAGUGAAAGUUAAAGGCCUCAAGAAGACGAAAAAGUUAGCUAGAAAAUCGAAAAAAUAAAACUCCUUUUAUCUCUAUCGAAACAAAAAAUUGGGAAGGCCAAGUGCAAUAAAGGAGGUAUUAUUGGAUAUCGAAUAUUGAAAAAUUAAAAAUUCCGAUUUUUAUCGGAAUAAUAAAAGUGACUAUCAUGAGCCGAAAAAAUGAAACAGAAAGGCAGAAGCAGAUUCAGGAAAAAUGUCAAAUAUUGCUGACGAAAAUGCUCCGGGACGACGACAACAAGUACUGUGUAGAUUGCGAUGCCAAGGGGCCACGAUGGGCAUCAUGGAAUUUGGGCGUAUUUCUCUGUAUUCGGUGCGCCGGAAUUCAUCGUAAUCUGGGAGUACACAUAUCUCGCGUUAAAUCCGUUAAUCUAGAUAGCUGGACACCGGAGCAAGUGGUGUCGCUUGAACAGAUGGGCAACUCACGAGCAAGGGCGGUAUACGAGGCCUUGCUGCCGGAUGGUUUCCGACGCCCACAGACUGAUUCGGCACUGGAAAGUUUUAUUCGUGCUAAGUACGAACAGAAAAAAUAUCUUGCUCGAGAAUGGGUACAACCGCCACCACCAAAAGUGGACUGGGAUAAGGAAAUAGAUGAAGAAAUCGAACGCCAAAAGCGUAAAAAGAAAGCUGCCUCUAGCGGAGGAACAAUUUCAAUCGGUGCACCAGGUUCAAUGGCAAGCUCAAGCCAUGGAGACAAAAAGUUGGCGAAUGCAGCAGUCCCGUUGCCAAAGCUAAAAGCACCGGCUAGUAGUACUAAGGUAUCGAGUCGAAGUUCAACAGAAGCGGUCAGUACUCUACCAGCUCCGACUAUCAGUCAGGGAACCUCAGAUCUGCUGGGGCUUUCGCUAGGAACUGACAGUGUGUCAAAGAAAAUCAACGGAGAAGGUGGCGAUUCGCUGAACAUACUGUCGAGUGGAAAUGAUCGAUCAAUUACAACAGGUGCUGGAAGCGACGAAUUCUCCAAUCUAGCAAAAGAGGAGGCAGAUUUCUUUAACCAAGCCCCCAAUAAGGCCUGCGAAAUGCAGGGAAAACUAACUAAGGACAAGAUCUUGGCCCUCUACGGAUCUGCACCAACAGCGAUGGUGAAUAAUAAUUUCAACUCCAAUCUAGGCGGGUUCGGUAGUUUUAACAGUUAUCAGCCAAAUACAUUCCCUCCGGCGGCUGGUGCAUCUGCACAACCUUAUCAGAUGAACAACGGUCAAACCACUGUUCCGGCGGCUGCUGCCGGAGGCUUUGGUGCUUUUCAAGCAUUUCCAACGAACGGUCAAUUCAUGGCCCCUGCAGCAACAACGGCUAACUCCACUAAUCCCUUGUUAUAUAGCAAUGGAACCUUUCCGCCUGCUACCAUAACUCAGACUCAACCCGCAUUCGGUGCCAUCCAAUUCCCAAAUCCCCUACAGCAACCGGUUAGCGGUUUUGUUGGCAUGGCCGGAACUGCGCCCGCGACAUUUGCCAGUUUUCCCCCACAGACCCAAACCCAACCUGACAAACUAAGCAAUCAGUUCGGUAAUAUGAAUCUGCGAGACGUGUGGCAAUAACUUUAAUUUUUAUGAGAAACGCUACUGAUUUUGUUCUGAUUGCACUUUAUACAUAUAAAAACACGGACUAGAAGAGAACAUAGAACCGAUAUAGUACAUUUACUAAGACGGCGAAAUCAAAUCCUAUCAUUAAACUGCGGAAGCAAGAAAAGAAAUAUAUUUACUUACCUAUAUAUUUUAAUACUUAAA